CCAACCAAAACCGAAAAAAAACAAGAAACAAAAAACAGGAAAAACUAAAAGAACAAAUCAUCAGCAUUAAAAAAUCUCAGUCAGUAUCAGAAUCAUCAUCGUCAUCGCUAUCGUCCAUUGCCAACACCACCACUACCACUACCACCAACACCACCAUAGCCAUCGUCAUCAUCAGCGUGUUAGUGUUGUAGUAGUUGCCCGUACAAAUCCAACACCGAUUCCCUUAUCCUCGUCCUCGUCACUUCCGUCGUCAUCAUGGCUACCAUUAACUCGGUUACCAAAAGUAUUCACCUGCCAUUGACCACAAGUUUAUCAUCGGCGCCCCGGGUGCUGAUGUGUAGUGCUUCUGUGGGCACCGAAGCCUCUGUGACACUUCAUCUGAGAGAUGUCAAUUCCAAUGAUUCCAAUCAGUCGUCCGCCUCAUCAGCAGCCUCCCAUUACAUUGGUCACACAACGUCAACAGCACCCCAACAACAACAUCAACACCCACACCAGCAUUCGACACAUCAGCUACAGCAACAUCAGACCACAACACCUGCCCAGUCACAGACGACAAAUGCCCAAACAGCCACGACACUGGAUAAUGCAUUAACCAUUGGUUAUCCAGAUCCAGAAAUGUUGGCUGAUGUCUUGGGAACAUUACAAACAGCGUCAUUGAAAAAUACCAGUGUCAGUGCCAGUGAAAGUACAAAAGUGAAUUCCUCAAAAUUGAAUGGCUCCACCAGUUCCAGUAGCAACCAAAACAGCAACAGUGAUACAAUAAUCCACACAAGUUUAAAUGGUUCUCUGAAGAACCGCAUUACCAUUAGCAAGCGUACCUCCCCCAAUAGCAGCAACAACAACAACAACACCGGCAACAAUGUAACCAACAUUGGCAGCAGUAGUAGCCACCGUGUCAUAGCCUCCUCGGUGCAGACGGUCUCCACGUCGACGAAUACAACAACCACCAGUGUCAAUAAGACCAACAGCUACAUCAAGAAUUGCCUGAUACGCAGCAGCAGUUGCAGCAACACAACCAACAUUACAUCCCUGGCUCAGAUAAUGAGCAAUAGUAGUACGUCAUCAUCAAAUGGCAGCAAUAGCAACAACAAUAACUCAAACAGCAACAACAACCACAACUCUUUGAAUUCCCAAAAUCAUUCGAACGGUACUUUGUUACAACAACUUAACAACCCAGCCAGCAACAACGCGAAUAGCUGCAGCAACAGUAAUUUCAGCUCCAGCAGCAACGACAGCUGCUUCAGCUACAGCAGCAAUAGCAGCAGCGGUAACUCGAUUGCCCGCAGCAUAACUUCGUUAAGUCACGGUGCAAGAAAAGUUCCUUGUGGCCCACUGUCAUCAUCGCCGUUAUCACAAUCCGCAGCAGCAGCGGCAGCGGGAGGAGCUGCAGCAGCGGCGUCAGCUGCAAAUAGUAACGCUGCAAAUUCAGCGAAAAUUUUAAAGAAAAAUCGCUCAAAGAUAUCGGCGCCCAGUCGUCACGGUCCACAACAGUGUCAGAUUUGUAAUAAAAUUUUUGGAAAUGCAUCUGCCUUGGCCAAACAUAAACUGACGCACAGCGACGAACGGAAAUACGUUUGUGUUAUGUGUUCGAAGGCAUUUAAGCGACAAGAUCACUUAAAUGGACAUAUGAUGACCCAUCGUAAUAAAAAACCAUACGAAUGCAAAGCUGAAGGUUGUGGCAAAUCGUAUUGUGAUGCACGUUCCCUGCGACGACAUACGGAAAAUCAUCACGCCGGUAUUGUAACGCAACAUCAAAAUCAAACUCUGUCUGGUUCCCAAAAUAAUAAUUCCAAUUCAAAUCUAAGUUUAUCCCCUGCCACGGCAAACGGUGAUGCCAGUUCACCGGACGGUGCCACCUGUCUAGGAACAUAUCUGUCGAACGGUGGCACAGUGGUAGAUGCCGCCACUGGUAUAGCUUUAACCGAAGAAGAAUUGAAAGCUUUAAAUGUACCCUUGAAGACAACAGGUGUUACCCUGCUGUCACCCACCUCUACAACAUCCUCAAUGUCGUCGACAAGUAGUAUAACCUCUGGCCCGGGGGCCACAAUAACCCUGACCGAUAAUAGUGGCAAUUUGGAAGGAGAUGGUCUGACACGUGAACAAUUGGAUUUGAUAAGUAAAAUUAUGCGACAAACCAAGCAAACAACGGCCCAGGUUACCGUCUCAUCACCCACGAGUUCUCAGUCAUAUAAAAUUGAUACAAAUCCCCAGCCGGCCGUAGUGGCAAAUCAACAGCAGCAGCAGGCGCCAAGACCCAGGACAUGGAACAUGCAAUUGCUCAACUCCUCCCAAAAUGUGGCCAUAACCGUGGACGAAAUCACCACAGAUUCGAGUGCAUCAGGUGAAGCGGCCUCUGUGGUCACCACCAAAGUCAAAGAGGAAGAAAUCGAUAUUGACCUCUCCAAUGCCAUGUCAAAUCCCCAACUCUUUAAUUUGGUGAAAAUCGAUCAAAAACCCGUCGAAUGCAAUCUUUGCCAUCGCAAAUUUAAAAAUGUACCCGCCUUGAAUGGCCACAUGCGUCUGCACGGUGGCUACUUUAAAAAGGAUCCCGAAACGAAGAAAAGCGAAAAGAAAGAAAACAAUGGCCCACCCCUGCAGACGGCGAGCAUUGGUGUGCGGGCUUUGAUCGAGGAGAAAAUCAUCAGCAAAAGGAGUAAAGAUUUGAAUAAGGGUGCCUUUGCCGUUCCUGCUCCGCCCUCAAACAACAAUCAAGGCAAUCCAACAACAAUGCGACGAUCAAUUAGUGAUUUGGACAGUUUUCUGAAUCCCAAACAGAAUACAAUAAACGGGCAGCAGAAUCACCAACAACAGCAGCAACAGCAACAACAACAAAUGACAGCAACUUCAACAACCACCACAACAACAAAUAUUAAAAAUUCCCCCAAAACCAUGCUCAACAUGCCUGACAUGAAUUUACCACAAAGUAUAGAGAUUUAUAGUAACAACAAUAACAAACCACAACAACAACAACAACAAAAGACAAUGAACAACAUAGGUGUGGGUACAACCACUGCCUCUACGUCCACAAAUUCAACGAAACUCCAAGCUGCAGCAGCGGGAGCAGCAACAACGAUCAAUACAACGACCUCUCGUUCCACAUCAACCGAUCCCAAAGACUCAACCCUUAUAGAAUUGUUGAAACGUGGCACCCGCAUAGCGGUGACCCAGAAACAACCCAAUCCCAAUAUGCCGCUGGGCGGAAUAUCACGUCAGAUAAUAACGAAUAAAAAUAAUUGCAGUGUCAUAAUACCCUCAGAGGUGCAGGUGGUCACCACCAAAGGGAAAAUGAAGAAACCCGCCGAUGAACAACAAAUGUCACAGCAGCAGCAACAACAUCAGAAUCAAAAUAACAACACCACCACGACAAAUCUAACUCUGGCCGAUGGCACUCCCCUGUCUCUGACCAUUGCCCAGGGAUCGGACAGCAACAGUGGUGAGGUGUAUACGGUCACUUAUACGAGUGAGGCUGCUGGGGGCUUGUUCGGCGAUGCUGAGGUCUAUAAUGUCAGUGAGGCUGAAAUGUUGUUGCAAACCGUGGACACCAUGCAAUUGCUGAGCGAAGAGGCCAAUAAUUCCGCUGAUCAUGGUCUAAAGCUGGAGAGUAAUAGCCUUAAUACCCCACCCACAACCUCUGAACAUUCCGAACACUUUGAGGUUAUGGAGAGUAGUAAUACGAGUGGUGGUAAUAUUAUGGACUCUCAGCAACAGCAGCAGCAGCAGCACUAUCAAAAUACCUGCCAACAACAGCAACAACAACAAACUUUACCAAAUUUCCAACAUUUCCAUUCCAAAGAGCAGCUGAUCAUGCAGAAUUCUUCGUCGUCCAUGUCCACGUCGUCAUCGUCUAUCCUUAGUCAAAACAACCUGCGUUCCCACACCUUGAGUUUGCCAAAUGAUUUGAAGGGCCAUCAAUUUGCUGGAAAUUUAAAUUCUCCACUGCACUCGCCCCUGGCCUAUCCCACACCCCCCUCGAGCCAUGAAAAUGUCACCCAAACAUCGCCCUACAUUGAGGACAAUCAUCAUUUUGGCGAUAAUCAAAACAUUUUCUUCAACGAGUCCCUGCUGAGUGGUGGGGGUGGUGGCGGCGGAGGUAACAAUGGUCCCGGGGAUCAGGACAAUGAUGGUGGCUUGAAAUUGAAAAAUGUCCUCGAGGACCAUUCCUUCGAUUCCAACAUCAAGGUGGAAGAUUUGCUGAGUGGCUCUGGGGCAGACACCGAAUGUGAUUUGCGGGAAUUUGCCUUUCUCGACGAAGAUCAAGAAUUCCUAAGCGAUUCCAGAAAUGCCACCUCGCCCCUGUCCGAGUCCUUUUUUACCAGUGGCAUUGGCACCGCCGAGGAGGUGAAGGAAGUGUUGCGGGAGGUCCUCACGGAUGAUCAAAUUAAUUUGAACUGUGAAAGUCAACAGGAAAAUAUCAUCGAUUUGUAUUAUCUGCCGGGCCUGAGUCUGCAAUCGCAAAUGAUGCCCAACUCCGAGGACCCACUGCUUUCGUCGUCACCCCGCGAUUUUGGUCAACUGAAAAUUGUCAAUUCCAUGCAACAGCAGCAGCAACAACAACAGACACAGCAAAUUCCAAACAUUCCUCAACAACAGCAACUUCAGCAACACUUGAGCCAAAACCUGGGCUACAGCCAUCAAGGAGUUCCCAGCCAACAACAACAACAACAGACGUCUCUCAAAUUAAGCCUGGAUGGUGGCCAGGUGUCCACCACCAAUGAUGUGAAUCAACUGAUUUUGAGUUUACCCCCAAAUAACCUACAAAGCUCCCCGAAUGUGUCCACCACCACCAGCAGCACAACAACAGCAGCAACAACAAUACAUUAUAAUGUACAAACAAUAACAACAACACCACAAGUACAAAGCUCCCAAAACCCAGGAAAUGCACAGAUAUCCCAACAGCAGCAACAACCACAUUUUAUGGCUUCUUCCCAGCAGCAGCAGCAACAACAACAACAACACAUCAACUCUCUCAACGAGGCCUUAAUGCAACCAAUAAUCUAUGCCACCAGUGGUACCACCGAUAAAAUUGAAAUCAAAUUAGAAGCGCAACCCGAGGCCAUUUCCAGUAGCUGCGGCAGUAGUGGUGGCAGCAAUCACCUGAACUCCCCGGCACAACAUCAGUCCAGCAAUCGGAUAUUGGCUCCCUCACGGAGUAGCCACACAUAUUCCUCCCUGCAUCACUCCACAUCCACGUCGUUGCAACCCCUCUCCAAUCAAACAAAUUCCAUACUCAAAAGGCGCCUGAAGGCCGGAGGUUUGCAUUCUUCGUCCCACGACUCCUCCAACUCCCAAUCAUAUUCCAAAUAUCAGGCCCUCUCGCCCUACAAAUCGAAGUUGCGCAAACCCUCCAGGACCCACUAUACACCGGCACCCAUCCUUAAUCCAGAACGCAAGGGUCAUGGGCUCUAUUGCAAUGUUCUCAAGGAGCUGGGUUGCUCCCUGCUCUCCUUUGACAAUUUCGAUGAUUUUGACGAUGACCCCGUGGGUUUGGUGGACUUCUCGGAUGAGUCCAAGGUGAACUUGGGCUCCGCCUAUCAGGCUGCGAUACCUGCAUUUAAUCAGCCCACCCAGACGGCUGACAUCGAAGAAACCGUAACGGCCGAGUUGAUGUGGCGUCCAGAAUGCCAGCCAGAUGAGAAAAUUCUAAUGCGUUUCAUCGACUUGAGUAAAUCUUCGGCCGUGCCUCUGGGUAGCCACACAGAAGAGGUGGCUCUUCACACAUUGCUACAGGCCCAAGGCAAUACGGCCACGGCAGUUUUGAAUCUCUUGCAGACGCAAUCCAACUCCUUCCAAAUGAAAUGGUCCUCCCAAGAACUGGAAUGUUUUCUCAAGGGUCUGGAGAAAUAUGGCAAGGAGUUUAGUAAAAUUUCCAAGGAGCUCACCACAAAAUCGACCGGAGAAUGUGUGCAAAUGUAUUAUUUCUGGAAGAAGCUAUGUGUGGACUAUAAAGUGACCCACCUCAAAACGGAGACACCACCCCAGAUCCAGCCCCAUACAGUCGACCCCAAGCCCUAUGUAUGUGAAAUACCCGAUUGUUCAGCGAGCUUUUCCUCAAAAGCUGCGUUGCAUGGUCACACACGCAUUCACACCUAUGGUCGUAAUGCCCACAGCAACAACCAGAACAGCAACAUUAGCAGCCAUAACCAAGCUAUCAAUUCCAAUAACAGUAACAACAACAAUCCAAGCAACAACACUAAUCCCAAUGCCACAACAGCCACAGCCUCAUCCUCCUCAGCAAAUCACCAGCAUCACCAACAUCAUCAUGGCAGUCAGAAUGCUGCCGGAAAUGCCGGUUCCAAUGCAUUGCCGACGACAAACGGUGGCAAUCAGUCACUGGGCGGGCCAGGCAAUGCCAAUUCCAAAGAUCCCAACAAUGCCAACAACAAAGACAUAACCGAAUUUCCCUGCAAGGUGUGCGGCAAAGUAUUCAAUAAAAUUAAGAGUCGCAGUGCCCACAUGAAGACCCAUCGUGUUACGGACAAUGAAACCUCGGUACAAAUUACAAAUAAUCAAAAUCAUGCCGUGCAACAGCAACAUAAUCAACAACAGCAACAGCAACAGCACCAGUCCCAGCAACAACAACAACAACCAUAACAAAAGAUUUAAUAAAACAAAAGGUGAAAAUACAAAUUCAAGAAAAUCCAAUAUUCCUACAGAAACAACAACAACAAAAACCCUAAGAAAUUUCAAACAACAAAAUAGAAGAAAAAAAAAUUAAAAGCAAAAAUCAUAGAUAAUGUGUAGAGAAAACAAAAAUGUUAAAUGACAAUCGCCACUAAAGCAAAAAACCAAAAAAAAAAAAAAAAAAAAUUAAAAUUUUUUAAUAAUAAUUUCAAUAUUUUUUCUUUCAACACUCAACUCAACACACAGACACACAAAUGGCCAGCUAAGUGAGAAGGAAAAAAACUUGGUAAACUAAGUUAAAUAAAAAAAAAAUAAAAUAAAAAACUUUUGUUAUAGCUAAUAAUUUUGAAACAGCAUUUCAAUGUCAAAAACAACAACAACAAGUUAGAGCAGAAACUUGGAAAUUAUUUAAAUGACAUUUAGUCUCAAUUUUAUGUUAAUUUAGUCAAAAGAGAAAGUGUAAAACUCUAAAGUACUUAUUUUCUUGCCAAAGAUUUAAGGCUCUAAGCGUUGUUCAAUGUCUUAUUUUUAUAACAAUACUAGUCAUAUACAAUAUAUAUGUUUAUUAAUUUAUAUAUAUUUUUAAAUUAUUUUUUAAAUUAAUUUGUUUAACUUUUUUAAUUUUAAUAUUUACACGUGAUAACGAGUGAGAUUUAAACACACACACACACACACACCCAAACACAUUUAAAUAAUAUAAUAAAAUAUUUUGAAAAUUAAAUAAUUUUUUCAUAUCUAAUUUUGAAAAUAUAAUUAAUAGUAUAUAUAUAUAAUUGAUGUUUUCGUUUUGAUUCAUUUCUAUCUUUAAAUGUUAUUUUAAAAAUGACAUACUUACAUACAUGUAAACCUUAUUGUAGUAGAAUAAUUUAUUUAAUUUCUUUGUCUUAUUUGUAUGUUUGUACAUAGAAUUGAAUAAGUCCAACAAAUACACACACACAAACACAAAAUAAAACAAUGCCAAAAAAAGACACUCUCUUUAUUUAUUUAUUUAUUGUUUUUUUAGAAUUAAAAUCAAAAAAAUGUAAUUUAAGUUAAAAUUGUAUUAUAUACCAAAAAAAAAAAAAAAAAACAAAAUGGUAUGAAUCACAAGCCUUCCAAAGAAAACAAUUUGAUCAUUUAAACACUUAAUUUUAUUUUUUUAUACACUAGUCUUUCAUGAAAAUAAUUAUUUUUCUAAUCUAUUUAAAUGUUUUCAGCUCUAAAACUCUUUAAUGAAAAUGCUCUGGUUAUAUUAUAAUGGGAAAUUAAACACUAUAAAUAACAAGUAAGGAAAGGCCAUAGUCUUGCGGGGCCAACCAUGUGAUACCCUAUAACACUACAAUAUGUUCCAAGUCCCUUUAUAUGCAAAACCAUUUUCGAAGAUUUCGUUUUUGAAAUAAUGCCAAAGAGCACACGAAAGUUGUGGCCCAUUUUACAGCUAAAUAUAAUCCAAUGGUCAUCCAAAAUGCUAGACUUCUUCUCUGUCCUCAACUCUCUUCCGAUGUGAAAUUUCGUGUCGAUUAGUUUUCAAUUGUGGCCAAAUUAGAAAAAUUUAAAAUUGUUGGCCAUUUAAACCUCUAAAUGCAAAACCUAAGAACAAUAGGCUUCAAUUCCGACCCACCUCCAUUUCGUGAGGAUCGGACGAUAAUUGCGACAUUCAUACCAUACCCUCAAAACGUAGUUUUGGGGGGUGUAAAAAUUUAGAAAAUUUAAAAUUCAAAAUUGUAAGUCAAAUUGAAAAAAUCGCAUGCGAUAAAAAAAAUAUGACAAAACUGGGAAAAAAUUCAACAAAAGAUAUAACUUUUUUUAUUGGUAUAUUAUGCCGCGAUUUUCUUAGAUUUUAUCCUUUUCUGGCAAGAGACCAUUCCGAAUUGAUAUGAAUUGUGAAAAUCGGCCCAGCGGUUCUUGAUUUAUAAGCAGAAUAGAUAAGAUCAAUUCUUCUACAUAUAUAUUGUACCUAUUUUAGUAUAUAUCCGAUUUUUUGGCUUUUAGCAUCACUGUAAUGGUCAGAAGUGAUCUUUUAAGGUAUUUGUGAUUUGGCUGGGAUUAAAAAUAUUCGCGGUUAAGUGGAAAUUUUCCUAUUUUCUAACAUAAAAGUAAGGGUCUAUUAUACCCGCUAAUUAUUGUCCGAUGGCCGCUCAUAUUGGAAGGUUUCUGCCCAGUCCCAAACUCUAACUCCAUGUAAACUUUCGCGUUGAUUGGUUCAUAAUUGUGACCUAUAGAGCAACUGCAAAAUCAGGAAAAUCCAUUUUAACCCCUAAAUAUCGUGCGAUCAUCUCCAAAAACAAUAGGGUUCUAUUCUGACCCUAACCCCACCUCCAUUUUCAAUUUCGUGAGGAUCGGUUCAUAAUUGCGACCUGUAGCUUGAUUACAAAUUAACAUGAACUGACGGACGGACAUACAUAGCUAGAUCGACUCAGCUCGGCGAGCUAGAAAGAUCCACAUAUACUCUCCUAUGUGGGAAACCAAUAUUUCGUGGUGUUACAUAAUUUUUGGCCCAAUCAAACUUAUAAUACCCCCAACACAUAGUGUUGUAGGGUAUAAAAAGGGGGCCAACGCAAACUAUUCAGAAGAGAAAUUUUUAACUGGGAAUCUAGAUAAGAAGUUUUUGGUAUAUUUUUCUUCAAAAAAUGUUUCUAUUCAUACAAUAUGAUUUAUUCUCAUAAAGUCUUGGAAUGGAGAUCCACAUGGAAUUUUUUAUACCCUCAGACACAUGCCUAGAGAGGGUAUUUAUCAUUUGAUAUGGUCAAAACGUGUCUAGUCGAAAUUACGGUCUUAGACCCUAGGUCUCUUUGGACCAAACCGUUUCAGAACAUUUGGAGUCGAUCUAGCGAUGUUCGUCCGUGCGACUGUCUACCUGGCUGGAACGCACAAUAACUUUCCAAGUUAGUAUCCAAUUCGGUCCAAACUUGGUACAUCGUAAUAUUUUAGUCAAACUUAGAUCGAGUUCCAAGAUUUGCAAUAUCGGUCCACUCUUUCUGCUACCUCCCCCCCAAUAAGUCAAAACUUUCAUAGAAAAUAAUUUAUUGCAUAGGGAGUGAAGGGAUCAUCUGAUUUUGUUCAAACUUUGCAAAACGUAAUUAAUACAUUACUGCAAAAUUGAGUGUGAGAAGGGACAUAUUCGGACUACUUCUUCCAGUACCUCCUCCACAAGGGGUCCAAAUUUGGAAUGACUAAAAUGCUCAUAAAAUGCGAAAUGAACAUUCGAAUCUUUAGAAAACUUCACACAUCCCAAUAUUUCUAGCGAAACAAGAUCUGGGGUGAAGAUAGAAUAUAACAACGGAUCUCUCCUUCUGGUACCUCCCCCACAAAGGUUCAAAAUUUUGAAUAUUUAAAAUACUCAUAAAAUCGAAAUAUGCAUCAGAUUCACUUCAAUUUUCACAAAUUCCUAAAUUUUUACUGUUAUAAAAUCUGGUGUAAAGAUGGAGUAUAGUGGGUCACUCCGUCUGGUAACUCCCCCACAAAGGCCCAAAAUUAUGAAUAACCAAAAGGCUUAUAAAAUGCGAUAUGAACAUUCGAAUCUUUCCAAACUUCACGCAUCCCAAUAUUUCUAUCAAGACAAGAUCUGGCGUGAAUAUCGGUUAUAGCGGAUCCCCCUUCUGGUACCUCCCCCACAAAGGGUCCAAAUUUGUAAUAUCUAAAAUUCAAAUAUUUUUACCAUUAUCAAAUCUGGUGUAAAGAUGGGAUAUAGCGGACAACCCUUUCUGGUAUCUCCCCCACAAAGGGUCAAAAUUUUGAAUAACCAAAACGCCCAUAAAAUGCGAAUUAAAAAUGUUAAAAAUGUGAAAAAAUUAUAAGCCUUUUAAAAUUCUUUUAUAAAAGCAACGUCGGGUCACUCCUUCUGGUACCUUCACCAUCAGUUAUGAAAAUUUUGAAUAACUCGCAUGGAAAAGAAGUUUGCGAUUUUCCGCAAACUCAAUGUAAUUAUCAACCAUUGAACUAAUGUAACGUUUGCAAAAUUUAUUCCGGUACCAUCCCCACAAAAGUUCAUUUUUUUCAAGAAAUAUAUACAUAUAUCUGAUAUAACGUGUAGGAAGUUCUUUAUAUUAGACUUAGGUCAGAUGCGAAAUGAACAAUAUUGGUGUUCUGUAAUUUCCAAUAUCUUGAAAAUCAAAAACUUCAAAAUAUAUUUUAAUGAACAGGCUGAGGGUAUAUAUCUGUCGUGAAACUGACUGAUACUAUUUAACCUGUUUUUAUUUUUAAAUUCAUGUCGUAACUUUGAAAUGUAUAGAGAUUUUCCAUCUAUCCUCUUUUUUCGACAGAUAACAUCUUAAGCUUUCAUUCGUUUGAAAACUUAAAGUGUGUGGAGUGGAUUCUGAGGAAUUUAUAUAAGCCGAAUUUUUAAUUUUUUGAAAAUUAUUAAACGAUUUUUAAACAAAUUAACAGAUUUCAAAAAAAUCCUAUAUGUUACCGUAAGAUGGAUCGGAAGAUCUAGUCCGCAAAAGUUUAAUACUAGCUGGAUAUAGCAUAUUGGGAAAUUUAGAGCAACUCAUUUUGUGCAAACGCAACAAAUUUCUAACUACCGAGGUGAUGGUAAAUUUUACCCUUCUUUACAAUUUUUUUAUCCUCCACCUUGGAAAGGAGGGUAUAUUAACUUUGUCAUUCCGUUUGUAUCAUCCUUAAAUAUUCGUCGUGGACCCCAUAAAGUAUAUAUAUUCAUAAUCAGCAUAAAAUUCUAAGUCGAUUUAACGAUGCCCGUCUGUCUGUCUGUCUGUCUGUUGAAAUCACGAUACAGCCCACAUUAUUUGACGUAGAGAGCCAAAAUUUAGCAGAGCAAUUUGCAUUGUGUCUAGGAUGGUUGUUAUUGAAAAUGAGAUAUAUCGGUCCACGUUCUGGUAUAGUCCCCAUAUAACGGUACCUCCCGAUAUUCGGUAUUUUGAUAAUUUUUGCCACAUAUUUUCGCGGAUUGGUCUAAAAAUUGGUAUUUGUAGGUCAUAAUGGGUUCUAGCUCCGUUGGCGAAACAUUGCAUGUGUAGGUCCACGAUUUGGUAUAGCCCCCAUAUAACGAUACCUCCCAAUAUUCGGCAUUUUAAUGGUUGUUGUCACAUUUCUUCUAAUGUUUCCUUUACCCUAAGGUGGAGGGUAUUAAAAAUUUGGCCCGGCCGAACUUAAUGUUUUUUUUUUUUUUACUUGUUCGGUAUUAUUUUGUGAUUAUAGCGACAUUAUUUAAAUUUGUUUCAAAUUUGGUAUUUAAAGUUCGUAAUGGUUACUGCAGCCUAUGAGAGAAAACUGUCUGUUCAGGUCCAGGUCUUCGUAUAGCCCCAACAUAUUUUUUCAAGUUUUGCAUUUAAGUAUUGUAAUUGCUUAUGACAAAAGUUGCCUAUGCAGGUCCACGUCGUCGUAUAUACCCUUAUAUAACGGCUAUAUUCGGUAUUUUUAAGAUUUUAACAUACAUUUUAACGGAUUUUAUUUUCAAAUCGCAGCUGAAAUCAGGUCUGACCAAACUCAACUCUAUGGCUGAUAGUACGAUCUUUAAAUAGAGGGCGCAAAACAUCUGUUAUGGCAUUGACUGUAAUGGCCACUCCUUACUUAUUUUCGAAGAAAAUGGCCCAAAAUAGGCUUCAUCUGAAAAGAUGUAGAUGAUGAUUUUUUUGGCAAGAACGGCAAAGCUAAAACUUUGUCUUCAUCUUCUGAACUAAUUGGACUUUGUAUAGCGUUAUACUAAGGUCUUUAUGAAAAACUUCUUCUCAAUGCCUCAAUGCCUGCAAAAUGUUUAGUCGUUGGGAAGGACGGUGAAUGGACUACUGUCAUAGCAGUAUUUCACGCUUUAAUUUAUCCAUGACGAUGCCAGUCCCUUUCACAUUUCCUACAAGAUAACGAAUAUUGAGCUGAUGGAGCUUCUCUUCUUUCAAAAUCCGUGAGCAAUUUUCCUCAGACACGAGCUAAAUGUUACCAUUCACAAAAAGCAUUAACUCAAAAAAAAAAAAGAAAAAAAAAUUGCGGACCCUUUAUAUUUCAAUUAUAGGGUGAGAUAAAAAACGGCAACAAAGUCAAAGGCCAUCAUUUUCACUUUUUUUAAUUUUAUUGAAUGAAAUCAAAAAAUGUCGGAAAUAGCAUCAAAUUUUAGAAUACGUUUAGAUUUGUUCGAAUUGGUCGCCUUUGGCACGAAUUAUGGCCUUCAAACGGCCAAUGAAACCGUCACACGCUGCCCGAAUAUUGCUCUGCGGUAUUUUGGCCCAUUCCCGGCGAAGCGCUUGCCUGAGGUUAUCGAUACUUUGGUAUUUUUUAGUGCCAACCUUGCUUUCCAAAAUACUUCAGACACAAUAGUCCAAAGGAUUGGUAUCCGGUGAUUUUGGUGACCAUUGUGCGCUGAAAAUGAAGCGAGGAACCUUAUUUUGUAAUCAUUCUUGGGUGGUACAUGCUGAGAGCGAUGGUGCUGAGUCCUGUUGGAAUGUCCAAGGUCCGCGGCCAAAAUGUUUGCGUGCCCAAGUCUUACGCCCUCCAGAAUAUUUUCGCGAUAAUAUUCCGUAUUUAUUCUGAUGCCACGAUCGAUUAAUACAAGCGAAGAGCGACCAUCGGAUGUUAUGGCGGCCCACACCAUCACCGUGGCCGGCGCUUGAGUUCUGGUGACCAACAAAAGGUGCACAUUUUCAGCUGACCUCUUUGGCAAGUAAAUACGAUCAUUUUGCUUGUAUACAAACUGCUGAAAAACUAAUGUUUUCUCAUCGGGGAAAACCAAAUUCGGCAGUUCACCACUUUCGGCCAAGCGAAGCAACUCUUUAGCUUUUUGAGUCUAUUAUCUUUCUGUUGCGGUGUGAGUUCGUGCACUUUUUGGAAUUUCCAUGGCUUUACCCCGAGCUACUUUUUUAAUAUUUUCCGAAUGGAAUAUUGCGAUAUGCUCAGAUCACGAGCUAUUUUUCGGCCACUGCGACGCGGGUUUGGAUCAAGUCGCUUUUUUAUGCCCUCCACCAUACUAUGGAGGGUAUAUUAACUUUGUCAUUCCGUUUGUAGCUCCUCGGAAUACUCAUAACAGACCCAAUAAAGUAUAUAUAUUCUUGAUCAGCGUAAAAUUCUAAGUCGAUUAAGCGAUGUCCGUCUGUCUGUCUGUCUAUUUAUCCAGUAGGCAGGUUAUGUUCGUAAAUGGGCCAUGUAGGUCCACGUUUUCAUAUAGCCCCCAUAUAACGGUACCUCCCUAUAUUCAGUAUUUUGAUGAUUUUAGCGACAUUAUUCACCGGAAUUGUUUCAAAUUUGGUAUUUGAAGUUCCAAAUGGAUACUACACCCUAAGAUAGAAAAUUGUCUGUGCAAGUCCAUGUCUUCGUAUAGCCCCCAUAUAACGGUACCUCCCUAUAUUCAGUAUUUUGAUGAUUUUAGCGACAUUAUUCACCGGAAUUGUUUGAGAUGUGGUAUUUGAAGUUUGUAGUUUGUAUUUUUAAAAUUUUAACAGAAUUUUUUUAAGGAUUUUAUUUUUUGAAAAUUUCCAAAUUCGUUGCAAAUGGUGGAGGGUAUUAAAAGUUCGGCCCGGCUGAACUUACUGCUUUUUAACUUGUUACUUUUCGAACUAUUACUGCUGAUGUUGCUGGUUUCUUCUUCAGUCCACUUCCUUGACGCCGGGCUAUGCUACCAGUAUCACGGUAACGAGCGAUGGUACGAGACGCAAAAGAUUUAUUCACAUUAAAAUGCUGGAGUGCUCUAUCGAUAGCCACUUGUUGUUUUCCAGCCGAAUAUAAAGAAACCACACUAUCACGCUUGAAUUCCAUCACGAAUAACUUUUUUUUCCGGAAAAUUCUCACCAAAAUGCUUUUGUGCGCUUGUAAACAAUAUAAUGAGCUGUCACUGGAAUAAUUUUACCAGCUGUUGGACGAGUGGCUUAAAAGUCACAGCAGUCAGAAAUUGGUUGCAGGUUUUUUUUGAUCUCACCCGGUAUGGGGCUAUAUCUAAAUUUGAACCGAUUCUCGCCAAUUUCAAUAGGGUUCUUGGGCAAAAACAAUUUUUUUUUUUGGAAAAUUUCAUCUGAGAUGGAUAAUGUAUCAGACCUGCCUUUUUUCACAAAAAUAUGUGGACAGACUGGCGGACUGACAAACAUAAAUCGACUCACAAAGUGAUUCUAUGAAGAUCCUUAAAAAUAAUUAUUGGUCUAUCUCGCUUCUUUUGCCAUGUUACAAACAAAUGCACAUCGACAUAAUAGCCUUACCACUACAUGGUCUAGGGUAUAAUAAGCAAAAUAUAGGUAUGUGUCUUAAGUCUUUUGUCUGUAAAAAGAUAAGGUCUUUAAUAGUCGUUUUAAGGAUGUCCACAGUAAUGAGUAUCAGUUCUAUGCAAGUUUUAUACUAUUUUUUUUUUUUUUGACGAAAAUUUAAAAAAUACUCUUCAAAAAAUAUAAGCUGACUCUUAGUUUUAGUUUUAAAGUUUUCCAAUUAUAAUAUACACCAGAGCAUUUUAACAAAGUUAUUUAAAACUAUCAAACUCUUUCACUGAAAGCUUCCUAAAACUAUAAUUAUUUUUUAAAAAAAAAAAAUCAAAUAAAAAAAUCAAACGAAUAUUACAAAACUAAAUCGUUCAGCAAUUUUCCAUGGUUGUAUUGUCAAAAUAUAAAACACUUAUUAUCUGUCUUGACACGCAUACGCAUACCAAAAACACACACACACAAGAUGCUCUUAUUUAGUAAAAAAUAACUAAAUAUUUUUAACGUUUUUAAUUAAAACAAGAAUCUAGAAAAAGAAUCAACUACAAUUCAAUUGUAAAAAUAAAACAAAUGCUCACUCAUUACUUAUUUCAAAAAAACAAAAAAAAAGGAAAAUCAACAAUGAAAAACUCCUUAUAAUUUUCCAUCAAUGCCUUCUUUUAAAAUGAAUAUCUCUUUAAAAACAAUUAAAAGAAAAUCUAGUAAUAAUAUAAAUUAAUUUUAACAAAAAUUAAAAUUAAAAAAAAAAACUUUAUUAAGUAUUAUUAAACAAAGAAGAGGAAGAAGAAAAAAAGGGAGAAAAAAAUAUAUAAAAGAAGAAGACGAAGCAAAACAAACACUCUAUCUCUAUUGACUUGAUACUUAAGAAACCACCUUAAGAAAUAUUUAUUUAUUUCUAUAAAACAAAAAAAAAAACAAAUAAUUAAAUUAAAUGUUAUGUAGCUAAUAAUAUACAAAAUAACAUACAAACCAAAACAUACAUACCUACACAAACACACACACAAAAAUAUAGAUUGUAAGUGAAAAACUCAUCCGUCAUCCUUAUCAACAGCAUCAUCAUCACCCUUAGCAUCAUUACUAUUACUAUUGCGAUCAUUGAAGAUAUUUUUAUAAUAGUUUGUAAGUCUUUGUUGUUAUUACUAUUAUUAUUAUUAUUAAUAAUAUUAUUAUAAAUUGUAAUGAAUAAUUAUCUACCUAUCUAUACCUAUACAUACGAUAUAAUUAUUACUAUUGUAAGUGUGUAAAAGUGUUGUUAUUUUCUACUAUUACAAAAAAAAAAAAAAAAAAAAACAAACAAAACUACUACUUCUACUACCACUACUAUUACAGCCUAACUGAAUCAAAACCUAAUUAAGUCUCUGAAAUGAAAAAAACAUCAACAACAAUGGUUCUUUACUUUAUAUUCAAAACUUAUAUGUGGAUAGAAUUUCAAAAUUAUAGCCAUGAAAUUCAGUAGAUCCAUAAAAACAAACUUUCAUCUUACAAAAAUAAAGGAAUGUUAAAAUUAUUGUAACGAAUGACAGCAGUAGGCAAUUUUCUAUAUCUCUAGUUUAAAUCUGUUUAAUUUUAUUUAUUAUAAAUUUCUUUAUAAUAUAUGUAGCAACUUUUUUUUAUUGUUUUGUGUUAUGUGUUUUUAGUUUAAUUUAUUACUCAAUUUAUAUAUCUAAACUGUAACUUAUUACAAUUAUUAUAAUCAAUCUUUUAAAAAAAAUGAAACAAGAAAUAAAUUGUUAUUUCAUUGAAUUUUUUUCUUAAU